AUGCCGAACCCCCGUGUGUUUUUCGACAUCAACAUCGACAAGAAGCCUGCGGGCCGCAUCGAAUUUGAGUUGUUCAGCGAUGCGGUGCCGAAAACAGCGGAGAACUUCCGGGCUCUCUGCACUGGUGAAAAGGGCAUGGGCAGAAGCGGGAAGCCGCUUUACUACCAGGGAUGCCCUUUCCACAGAAUCAUUCCUCAGUUCAUGUGCCAGGGAGGCGACUUCACCCGAAUGAACGGGACUGGCGGAGAGUCGAUCUACGGCGAGAAGUUCGCGGACGAGAACUUCGUCUACAAGCACUCUGAGCCCUUCCUUCUCUCCAUGGCAAACGCUGGCCCCAACACCAACGGCUCUCAGUUUUUCAUUACCACUGUCCCGUGCCCGUGGCUUGAUGGCAAGCAUGUCGUGUUCGGAAAGGUCGUGUCUGGUCAGGAUGUCGUCAAGAAGAUGGAAGCCGAGGGUCGCUCCAAUGGCCAGACCAAGUGCCCGGUCGAGAUCGCGGCGUGCGGUCAGCUCUCUUAG